CCGGGAGAGGCGGCGGCUGGGCAUGCUGUGGGCAGGGCCAGGUGUUCAGAAGGGCAAGGAGGUCCCCCAAGCCUGCGGGAGUCCCUUAUGUCCCUGCGGAAUUGGAGUUUAAUUGGUCGCUUCUGGAGCCUCGCCCAACUUCUGGGGCUCGUCCUGGGUUGCACCCUGUCGAAGGCCGGGCGGCGGAGGCAGCCCGGAGCAGGGAGGGAUAGGAGAGGAAAAGUGCUGCUGGUGGUGAGCGGUGUAGUAGCGACUCCGGACGGCGUGGAAACUCUGGGCGUUCUGGGAUCUCCUUUCCUGGGGAGACGUCCAGGUUGGCGGACGCGCUUUCCUGCUCCUCUGCGGCGAUUAACCCAAACCCGGUGGACUUCGCUCCAGGUAUCGUUACGUCAAGCCUCCAGGAUGGUGCUCCAAUUCCGUUCACUCUUCCCCUUGGCAUUGCCUGGAAUGCUUGCACUCCUCGGCUGGUGGUGGUUUUUCUCUCGUAAAAAAGACGACGACGGCGACAUCAGCAGGCAGCAUGAACAGGUGGAGGCCGGUGCUGUGGAGCUGAGGACCGACUCUGCCAUCAAGGAAUCCCUCCCCGGGGAAGGUGUCUUUUCCACUGUCGUAUCCACACCCGCCAGUGUCACAGAGCCUCCGGAAAAGGAACCAUCCACUGCGAGCAAGCCUCCUGUGGAGCCCCCAGCCUUGCUGCGGACACACCCAGCCCGUCGAAGAUCAGAGUCCUCAAGCAGCCUUCCUAACAGCAUAGACACGAGAUCUCGACCAGGAACACGCAAAGAUGACAGUGUAAAGGUGGAGCUGGCCCCGGCAGGUGACGAGGCCAAAUCUGUUCCUCCAGAGUGCCCCCUUUUAUCCCCAAAGGGUGUACCGUUCCCUCACGAAGCAGCUGAGGUUUGUAAGCAGGAGUCCACAUUUGUCAGGACACCUGGGCGAGGCUGGUCAGGCCAGUUCGUGGGUCCUACAGAGAAGCAUGGCCCUGGGGAGAGGGCACGAGAGACGCGUGGGGCUGAAGGGACUGGCGAUGCAGUGUUGGGGGAGAAUGUGCUAGAAGAAGUUCUGUUGUCCCAGGAGCAUGUCUCAGAAUUGGAGAAUAGCAAGGCUCCCUGCCUGGCCACCGUGGGAGGCGGUGGGGAGAAGGGCAGGAGUGGCUCGCCACAGUUGGUCCAGCCUGUGCAGCAGAGGGAAGAGUGUGUGGUAGAGAAGUUGCUGAGUAGCUUCGAGUCGGCCCACACGGAGCUGGCUAAGGAUGCUGAGAUGCCUGCACCCCAUGUCAGAGGGGGCAAAGCCUGGGACAGAGACCUCGCCGGAGAACUGGGCAAAGAAGAGAGCUUGGAUAGAAAUGAGAAGAUUGAGCAGGCUGCCUUCCAGAUAAUCUCCCAAGUGAUCUUGGAAGCAACUGAAGAAGUGCUGGCUACCACCGUGGGCAAAAUCGCAGGGCGCAUGCAUCAGGCCUCAGCCGAUCAGCUCCAAGGACAAAAGGAAGAGAGUUAUGCCCCAGGCGGCCCGAAAACUGACCUGGGUCGAGACACCAUGGAGCCUGCCCUGGCCACAGCAGAGGCAGCUUCCAGCCCAUCAGACGCGGCCUCACCUUCGCCAGGCCUGCUGGCAGGGGAUCUGCCACCACCAAAGACCUAUGUGAGCUGCCUGAGCAGCCCUCUGUCCAGCCCCACCAAGGACAAUAAGCCAAAGAACUCUGCAUACCCCAUCUCCCUAGCUCCCUGUCCCCCGCCAGACACCCCCCUUGGAGAGUCAUUGGAUGGGGCAAGCAUCCUGGUGGAAGAUGCCACCUGUGUGUCAGACAACUGCCAAGGUGUCCCUUCAGUGGCCUCCUUGGGACACUGCUCAGAUUCCCUCAGCACUUCAGGGCUUGAAGACUCUGGCACAGAGACCAACUCAAGCCCCAGGGACAAGGCUAUCACCCCACCGCUGCCAGAAAGUACUGUGCCCUUCAGCAAUGGGGUGCUGAAAGAGGAGUUGUCAGACUUGGGGGCCGAUGAUGGAUGGACCCUGGAUGCAGAAGGAGACCAUUCGGGAGGCUCCGACAGGAACAGCAUGGAUUCAGUGGACAGCUGUGGCAGCCUCAGGAAGACUGAGAGUUUCCAGAAUGCCCAGGCAGGCUCCAACCCGAAAAAGGUCGACCUCAUCAUCUGGGAGAUUGAAGUGCCAAAGCACUUAGUCGGUCGGCUAAUUGGCAAGCAGGGGCGGUAUGUGAGUUUUCUGAAGCAAACGUCGGGUGCCAAGAUCUAUAUCUCAACCCUGCCUUACACCCAGAGCAUCCAGAUCUGCCACAUAGAAGGCUCCCAGCAGCACGUAGACAAAGCACUGAACUUGAUCGGAAAGAAGUUCAAGGAACUGAACCUCACCAAUAUCUACGCUCCCCCUCUGCCUUCGCUGGCGCUGCCUUCUCUACCAAUGACAUCCUGGCUCAUGCUGCCCGAUGGCAUCACUGUGGAGGUAAUCGUGGUCAACCAGGUCAACGCUGGGCACCUGUUCGUGCAGCAACACACACACCCAACCUUCCAUGCGCUGCGCAGCCUCGACCAGCAGAUGUACCUCUGCUACUCUCAGCCCGGCAUCCCCACCCUGCCCACCCCAGUGGAAAUAACAGUCAUCUGUGCCGCCCCUGGUGUGGAUGGGGCCUGGUGGCGAGCCCAAGUGGUUGCCUCCUACGAGGAGACCAAUGAAGUCGAGAUUCGAUACGUGGACUACGGCGGGUACAAGAGGGUGAAAGUGGACGUGCUCCGACAGAUCAGGUCUGACUUUGUCACCCUGCCAUUCCAGGGAGCAGAAGUCCUCCUGGACAGUGUAAUGCCCCUGUCAGAUGAUGACCACUUUUCCCCGGAAGCAGAUGCCGCCAUGAGCGAGAUGACCGGCAACACAGCACUGCUUGCCCAGGUAACAAGUUACAGUCCAACUGGCCUCCCUCUGAUUCAGCUGUGGAGUGUGGUUGGAGAUGAAGUGGUGUUGAUCAACCGGUCACUGGUGGAGCGUGGCCUUGCUCAGUGGGUGGACAGUUACUACGCAAGCCUUUGACCCCCCUGGUCCCGCAGCCGCAUUUUGAGUCUUUUUUUGCACUGUUGAAAUCAGGCUUGGCAUUCAAGGCAAAGAUCGAACAUCAGAAUAACAUCCUCUCCAGAAAGUCCUUUUUUCCCCCUCAUACGAUAGUCCUGUUGAGAAGAUAUUUCAAAAGGGUAGUGCUAUGGGUUCUUUUCAAAGCCAUAGUAAAUAGCAUUUGACAAACCAGUCGGCUUAACCUGGUUCUACACUGUUUCAAACAAAACAAUUGAAGAACACUAGUCUCAACCAGGUUGUCCCAUCCCCCUCUGUUCAGGCCCUUUCCCUUUCCCUCCGCCCCACCAGAAGCAGGCAGACUGCGGGAGAUGGGCAGGGGCUGAGUGGUGCUGGCUGGAGAGGGUCCCUUUUCCUUCACAAUCUUCUUCAGGGAGCAAGACAUGAAUUAAUUGGUAUCAAUUACUUGUACAGCUUAAGUAAAUGAAUUGCUGACAUUUAACCAGUUUUUAUCAACUUCAUCUAGGUCUCUAGGAACACAGACUUUUUUAAAUGCCGAUGUAAAUAUGAAGUGAUCAUCACACCUCUGACCUCAGUCACUGGGGAGAGGAACAGUUAUCCUGCCAAGCCUGGUUGUAAUUUAUAACCAUUUUCUAUUUGUGCAAACUCUGUAAAUAUGUUUAAAAAAUGUAAUAUUUUGUACAAGAUAACACUGGAGAACAAAGGGAACCGAGAUUUUUCCACACCACAUGUCAUCUGUAAGUAGAAGCUAAUUCUGCAUAGCAUAGCUGCCGACCCUGGCCCCUCUUGCCAGGGGCUCCUGUGGCUUCCUGCAUACUGGACAGGGUAACUAUGGUCUAGACUGUGAUCUGGGGAUUUUUUUGCUGUAAAAAUUUGUUUAAAAAAAAAAAAAAGGAACUCAUUGAAUUACCUUGCAGUUGGUGUGUUUGAUUCUUUUUUAGACUGGCUUCAGCAUUGUGCAAUUAAAAAAUAAGUAACUUAAGUAACUUAAGCUUACAUAAAUAUUCAAUUAUAUAA